GUUCGUCGCCGCCAGUGAUAGAGUGCGAAAACGUAAUGUAUAUGAAAGUGAGAGAGUCAUACAAAAUUUAAGUGCGCCGAGGGUAGUGAUCCUGUGCGAAGAGGAUACAGAAAUCAAGUGAAAUUUACACUUGUUGAGUGAAUACUGCGAAUUUUAAAAGAGUCUGCCGGAACUCGGUUUUUUUUAACUAAUUAUAUAAGGAUCCCAACAAAAUGCUGUUCAACAUGUGCAAGAGUUCAGAGGGUGUUUUCAGCAGCGCCUAUCGCAUGCAAUUAUUCGCGGCGGCAAGUGUAACCAUCAUAACAUUUUGCAAUGGCAUCGCCAUUGGCUGGUUCGCACCCAUGUUGGCUAAAUUGCAAUCGCCCACCGAAAGUCCGCUUGACUUUGUCGCUACGGUGGAGCAGGGUUCAUGGAUUGGUUCACUGCUUUGCGUCGGUGGCCUUACAGGAAAUUUGCUCUUUGGUGUGCUGAUGGAUGCCAUUGGUCGUAAAGCCUGCAUUUAUCUGCUCGCAGUACCGCAUAUACUAUCCUGGAUAUUAAUCUAUGUGGCGCCAUCCAUUGAAUAUCUGUAUGCUGCACGUUUUUCUUCCGGUAUGACCGGUGGCGGCAAUUGGGUUGUGGUACCGAUUUUCAUCGGCGAAAUCGCAGAUCCAAUUAUUCGCGGUCGUCUCACCUCACUAUUCACGCUCGCCCUCAACGCCGGCAUGUUGGUUGGUUAUAUCUUCUCCUCAUAUGUACCCUACCACAUUAUACCGAUGGCGGUAAUAUUGUUGCCGGUCCUCUAUUUGGGAAUCGCACUCUACUUCCCCGAAACGCCUUCGUAUUUGUUGCGUUGUGAAAGGGAGGAGGAAGCAGAGAAAUCGUUGAAAUUUUAUUUGAAUAACAAAACUUCGACUAAACUUGAGCUCGAACAGUUCAAUAUUAAAUAUGCGGAAUUGAAAAGCGCCGUGAAACAACAAAGAGCACAAUCGGAAGCGGUCACACUGCGCGAUUUCUUCACGAAGCGCUCGUUACGCGCCUUUGGCAUCGCCAAUGCAGUCGUUUUCAUUAACAUAGCGACUGGCAGCUUCGCAUUACUUAACUACAUGUCCACAAUUUUUUCGGCUGUUAAAACCGAAAUCAACCCUGACACGAACACAGUGAUGAUCGGUGUGGUUCAAAUUCUAGGUGCCUAUAUUGCCAUGAUUGUGGUCGAUCGCUUUGGGCGCAAAGUAUUACUCCUCGUUUCGACAGCUUCCACAGGCAUUUGCUUGGCAGCUUUCGGUACGUACGCUUUCUUAGUGGAAGAAGCAAACGUGGACCUAACAGCGUAUAGCUCAUGGCUUCCACUCGUACUCAUGGCGCUAAUCAUACUCACAGCGAAUGUGGGCCUUAUACCAGUGGCUGCAGUUAUCAUCGUCGAGAUUUUGCCGACAAAGAUUCGUGCAAAGGGCGUAUCGUUUUGUGUCGCAUUAAUGAGUGUCUUCGCUUUUACCUUGCUGAAAGUGUUCCCACUAUGUAUGGAGGCGUUUGGUUUGGCAAAGACUAUUUGGGCUUGUGCGGCAUUCGCUGCUUUAGGUCUACUAUAUAUAGCGAUAUUUGUGCCAGAGACGAAAGGCAAGUCUAUGGACGAAGACGUAGACCAAUAGUGGAGUUGACUGUCUAUUUGCUGUCCGAAAAUAACAAGUCAAAAGGGGUUAUACAUACAUAAAAUUCGACUACAGUAAGUGAGUGUUAUCAGCUUAUCACAUCAUAUCUUUGUAUACAAGAUAAAUAUGGAAAGUUUUGAAAAGAUAUUGCAUCAUUUUGUGUAUUUAAACCCAA